CCCUUCGGCUCGAUCUUGUCGGAGAAGCCAUGGCCUUAUUCGCAGACACACAGUACUUGUCCUCGAGUCUGAGGCAUGUCAUGCAAGUCCUCUCAUCGACCUGUCUCUCCUCGAGUAUAGACGACCGGGUUUACUCAACAGCUGCAGGGUGAACGUACGAUGCCAGACGAAUGUCGAUCACCGCCCGGACGACUCGGACCUACGACCUACAACCGCUUAGUAGGCCGUUAUCUGCGCGACGACAACAAGCACAUCUGGCUGCCACUCUGCGUAGCAGGCUCGUUCUUAGCGGUUUCUUCGCUGAGCCCGCUCGUCGCGCGUCGUAUCCCGCGGUUUGUCACAUCCGCAUUCACUCAAGCCAAAUGGAGCGUCAAAGACAAUGUCGUCGGCUCUCUUGAUGACAGUGCUUUAGUUGGAUGGCUGGUAUACGUACCUGUGCGUCAGCGACAACAUACGAGAGCGAUACAGACGGACGAGGCCUUCCGAAUCAUAACGCGAGCCCAAGUGCUUAUUGCACAUGGUUAUAAAUACCCAGUCAUUUUGAGGGUAUUGUCUCGGGGCGCAAGGGUAAGCACAGGCUCAGCAGGAGCCUGCGGCGCAGAAGGGCAUGUCGGCUUCGGGGAGAGGAUUGGCACUGCGGCGGCGAGUGUAUGGACGUCCUCAAUCUCUAUGGAAAUUAUGCGAGCGAGCUUAGAGGAAAGCCUGCGUCAGCGGCGCGAUGUUUCACAGUGCGACAUCGACAGAACAACCGUUGCUCUUGGAGGGGCAGCGGAGCUCCGACACUUCGUACGGGCGGGCGCGUUUGCUUACGUCCUGGGCCGUAUCUGGCCUAUGUUCACUAAGCCACCGCAGGCGAUAUGGGGUCCAGCGGUAGCGUGGAUGGGC